AUGGUGAUAUUGGUGAGUGCUGCCACAUGGGGUAUUGUAGACAACAAAGAUGCAUUGGAUGGAAAUAAGAAUAAACAUCUAUGGCCUGCAUAUUAUCCUGCUAAAGAUCUGAAAGGAGGUCGUAAUACAGCUGCAUUGGACAGCAACCACACACACUUCAUCUUAGUAGACAACGGCACAUGUGGAAAAUAUGGAGCUGAUAUUGAACUCAGAGCUGCACUGGAAAAAUACAUUGCUGAUGAAAAGUUUAUUUCUGAUAAGCAGGUUGGCGACAUGGAAGAUAAGCAUUGUGAAAGAGUACCUGUUGUUUUGGUUGUUGUGGAAGGUGGUCCUAAUACAUUGAAGACUGUGUAUGAGUCAACAGAAAAGAAUAUGCCAGCAGUAAUAGUUGAAGGCAGUGGCAGAGCUGCUGACAUCAUUGCCUAUGCAUACAAGAAAACAAAGCCAACUGAUGGCAGUGACAGUAAUAUUAGUAAGGAUGUUGACAGGGAAGACAUACGAAGAAGGAUAGUCAGAGCAUUUAAGUUGAGAAUAAACGAUGAGACUCAGAAAACUGUGGAGGAAUACAUUGAUUGGGUGGAGUCCUGUAUAAGUAGAAGAAACCUUAUCACUGUAUUCCGAAUUCAAGAUGCUGACCACAGAGACAUUGAUGGGACGAUCUUAUAUGCGUUAUUGAAAGCGAGAUCUGGUUCAGUACAAACCCAGUUGAAUCUAGCAUUAGCAUGGAACAGAGCAGACAUUUCUAGACAAGAAAUAUUUGCCCCUGAAAGAAGAAUGGAAUGGCAGACAUUGUACAACCCACAAAACUCUCCUGAAGAAGCUUCUGUCAUGACAGUAGAAUUGGUAAAAGUACAAAUCGCUUUACGGAAACAACGUAUGAUGUGGCCAACAAAAGAUCAGUGGAAUAGAUAUUUACUUCCAUUAGUUGGUUCCUUAUUGACUAGACUCAUGGGUGAUGAAUAUCCAUUGAAUUAUUCAUCUGAUAUAUUUGUUGUGGAUCCAUCAGGACCCAGAACACAGCAUGAACAUCAUGAAGAUAAAAGUCUUUCAAGAGAAAGAGAUGAAUUUAAGUUUGAGUAUGCAGAGAAGGAGUUGUUUUUAUGGGCAGUGUUGAUGAAUAGAAGAGAAAUGUCUCGUCUCUUCUGGCAAUGGGGUUCAAGUCAUAUAGGUGGAGCCCUUGUUGCUGGUAAACUAUUGAGGGCGCUGUCUAAGAUUGCUGCUGCUGAAGAGGAACUUGAACUUUCUCAAGAUCUUCGUAAUCAUUCUAUGGAAUAUCAACUAUUGGGUAGAGAUGUAUUAACCGAGUGUUACAACAGAGACAAGAAGAAGUCCCAGUUACUUGUUGUACGGGAAUUACCUCACUGGGGACAUACAACAUGCAUGUCAAUUGCCGACUCAGCGUCUCAAAUGGAAUUUAUGGACCACAGUUUGUCAAAAUAA